GUUUUGACAAAGUCUCAGUCGCGAUAAAAAUGACGAGCCGUACGUUUUACUAAAAUUUAACAAAAUAAAAGUGUUUUACCAGUAUGACUGUGUGGCGAAUUAUCAAGGAUGAAAAGUGCUAUGCCGUCGCCAUAUACAACUACAACGGCCCCUCCCCCCACCUCCCCCUGGAAGUGGGCGAGCUGGUGCACUGCGAGAGGGAGACAGAGCACUGGUACUGGGGCCGCAGUCUGCGGCGGGACGGGCUCGGCGCGUUCCCGAAGAGCUACGUGCAGCUGAGGGAGUGCCAGGUCGAGAGAGUCGGCGAAACAGUGGUUGCCUCUGCUGGAGGUUCAGGCGUGGUUCACGAUAUAGCCCUCACAUUGAGAGACUGGCUACAACAUUGGAAGAAACUAUACACGACGUGCGAUGAACGCUUCAAGUUCAUGGAAGUAAGCAUGCGUGCGCUGCUGGAGUUACGAGCUCAAGCGGCAUCAGGCGCUCUUCCUCUGGACCAAUUGCGGAGAGUCGCCAGGACUGCCAUCUUCACUAUAGAUAAAGGGAACAGAGCGUUGGAUAUGGAGCUGGCAGUCAGAAACGCGAACGGACAACUAGUCAACCCCCUACACAUGUCCACGUACAAACUGAACUCUUUGCACGACGAAACCAACGCUAAGAUAGACAAAAAUAUGGAAACGACACCAGCCACGCCUCCCCCACCACCCACCUCCGCGCGUUCCUACACCGUGGCCGUCAAAGUCCACAACUUCGUCUGUCGCAUGUCCGACUCCGCAGAACUAUUGCUAUCAUUACACGACUCUAGCGGCAACAAACUGACUGAGCAUCUCAUGAUGAGGUGGCCUAGCCCCAAUAUGUCUACUGGACAAGUUGUGUUCACUGACCUUGGCAGUGAAAUUAAGCGAGAGAAAACAUUCUUAGUCUGCCACGUGGUAAGGAUAGGCUCCAUGGCUCCCGAAAACGUGGACUACAGACGAUCAAUGGCGGGUGUGCCCCCUCCCCCGAAUUCAAGUGGUGGGUUGCGGCGCCCGUUCGGCGUCGCGGUGGCCGAUGUGACAAGACUGCUGGCGGACCACUCGCAUUCUCCUGACAGACAUAUACAGGCGCCUUUUUACGCGUGUGAGAAAGAAACUAUGGACACGUUACUAAAGAAAGUGAUAACGAACCGAGAGUUGAAGGAAACGAAGCACCAGCAAGGGCUCUGGGUUUCCAUACAACUCGUCGACGGGGAUUUAAAACAGGUCCGUGAAGAGAACCCUCACAUCCUCGUCAGCAACACAGCCAUCGCUCGCAAGAUGGGUUUUCCCGAGGUCAUCAGGCCCGGAGAUACUCGUAACGACCUCUACGUCACUCUGUGCAGUGGAAGUUUCUCUAGGGGAGGCGUGAAAAACUCCGAGAGAAACAUAGAGCUGUGUGCGAGGAUCGUGGAUAAGAAUGGGCAGAUUGUACCAGGUGUGAUAUCAGUAGGAGCCGGCGUUUCGAAAGUUAACGAGUACACGUCACUAGUAUACUACCACGAAGAUCGACCACGAUGGCAGGAAACUUUCAAGGUCUGUCUCGGCAUAGAAGAAUUCAAAGAGGCCCAUCUAGUGUUCCUCUGCCGGCAUCGAAGCUCGAACGAAGCGAAAGAUCGCGCGGAGAAGCACUUCGCACUCUCCUUCUUAAAGCUCAUGCAGCGAGAGGGCACCACUACACCGGACAAACAUCACACGCUGUGUGUUUAUAAGAUCGACAACAAGAAAGCGAGCACAGAAGACAUAGAAUCCGAAGCGGCGGCCGCCUGCCUCGGCCUCCCCUCCCGCCGCGACGAGCUGCCCGCGCAGUCCGAGCGCGGCCUGGUGCGCGGGCCGCUGGCGCUCGUGCACCGGGACUCGCUGGUCGUGCACUCGAAGCUGUGCUCCACCAAACUAACACAACGAGAGGAGAUCCUGGGCGUUCUAAAGUGGAGCACACACCACGCCGAAGGCACGCUCCGGCAAGCGCUAACCAGGUUGAUGCACGUACCUAGCGAAGAACUAGUCAAGUUUCUUCAAGAUAUCCUGGAUGCUCUUUUCAGUAUAUUGACACAGGUCCCCGAAGAGCAAGAAAGCUACACGGAGAAUAGCUACGGUGUGUUAGUUCUAGAAAGCCUAAUGCGAGUAGUAUCUUUAGUGGCAGACCACAAAUACCAGCACUUCCAACCAGUAUUAUACCAAUAUGUCGAUGACAGUUUCUGCGACGCUCUGGCGUACGAAAAACUGAUCUCAGUAAUAGUCUGGGUGAUCACCUCGGCGGAGCAAGGCGAGCUGGCCUUAAAGCGGCUGCUCCAAUGCAUGAAGUGUCUAGAAUGUCUGAUUCGCUUCAUCGUCAGGAGUCGACAACUUAGAAGCGCGCUUGGCGACCCACAGGCUCAUGAAGACUUUAGAUUUCAAUUUGAGAGUCUGAUGGAGGCGUUAGUAUGGCUGAUGCGGUGUGGCGACUACGCCCUAACCUGUCAAGGGUCUGCGCUCAAAUAUCUACCGCACGCAGUACCACAUGCCAUCAAAGUGUUCCCGCAUACUGAGCUCAGCGCUCACGUAGUCCGAGCGUUAGACGCCCUUCCCCUGUCUCGACUGGGCAAGCAGCGCAUGUUGGCGCUCCUCGAGCUGGUGCGCGGCGCGCUGUGCCGCGCGGGCGCCGCGCGGGCGCUGCUGCUGCCGCACGUCGCGCUGACUGUCAAAGCGCUGCUCAUGGAGAAGGUCGAGUUGGACCGCGAGGCGGCACACAAGUCGCGCUCCGUGGACAAGGCGGCGCGACUCCUGGGCGCGGAUUCGUCGAGGCUCCACGACCCGACGCAGCAUCAGCAAAUCGUGGAGCUAUGCGUAGAAACGCUAGGCGAACUAGUCACCCUGCUUGCCAGGGACGAUGUGGGCCCAGUGGAAGCCGACAGAGGCGAGCUGGCGAAACUGCUGUUGCCCACCGUACUCCGGGUCGCCGCUAAUAUGAUGAAGGAUGAGCGGAACAAUGAUGACCCUUUAUUGCGUCGCAUCAUCAGCAUCCUCCUGGACAUAGUCCGCCAGAUGUCCGAAGACCAGUACCUGCUCGUCGUGUCGGCACUCGAGCAGGAGACAGGGGGAAGCGCCAGCCUCGUGGUGGAUGCGCUGGCUCUGCUGCAAGCGCUCCUGCAGCGGCCGGUGUUCCGCGCGCACUGGGCCGAUAUGCUGCACGUGCAGCAUUACGUUAUGCUGCACGCUUUGAGAUUAAUCUCCAUAACCCUCUGCAACCGCCUCCAAUCCAUCGACGAAGCAGACUCCGAAGGCAUAACAGCCAUACACUCCAUGUGUCGCUCCUGGUUCCACACUGUAGCCACCCUGGCUUCGUCACAACCGCUGCAGCUGGAGACUAUGAGACCUGCAAGACGAGCAAGGGCUGCUGCCGUCUGUGGCGAUGUUAGGAGAGCUGCUGCAAUGCUGCUUAGAGACCUGUGGUUUGCUUUAGGUGACCACAAGCGCGCCUUCAUCCCAUGCCUUGUCGGCCCGUUCCUAGAAGUGAGCUUCCUUUGCGAUGAAGAAGUCAGGAACACCACCAUACCACUCUUCUUUGAUAUGAUGCAGACGGAAUACAACCACAGUGUCAGCACUGGAGACAGUUCGGAAAGUCCUCUAAAAGACCUAGAAAACGAGCUAAUCGACAAAAUAGACGUUCUCGUCGAACGCGGCAGCGGUGACGUUGCGUGGAGAGCGCGAUUCGUUUCACUGUGCGGAGCGCUAUGUAAGGCCGCUACGGGCGGUUUACGCGCGGCCGCCGCUGCGUUAGUCGCUGCUGCGGCGAGGCAGUUGGACACGCUGCUACAAUACAGAGCGGCGGCACUUAAGUCAGCGAUAUCACACAGGAUGCUGCUUACAACCAAAGUGCUGCAUUUCUACGAGCAAAUCGAAAGGCCACAUAUGUAUAUUCGAUAUGUGCACAAACUAUGCGACAUGCACCGGUCAUGUCACCAAUGGGCCGAAGCGGGUCUUACACUAAGGUUACACGCCAGACUGCUAUCAUGGUUACCAGCUCCUCUAGAUCAACCGACGCAGCCACAGACCACGAGUGAAAGAGACCUCAAGGAAAUGUUGUACCACGAAGUGGCGGAUCUGCUAGACCAGGGCCACCAGUGGGAGGUCGCUGUUGAAGUUAUUAAGGAACUGGUAGAAGUAUACGAGGCAGAGGCACUAGGCUACGCGCCAUUAGCAGACCUACACUCUCGAUUAGCGGCAUUCUAUACAGCCAUGAUGCGAACAGUCCGCUCGCAUCCGGGCUACUUCAGAGUUGUGUACUUCGGAAAAGGAUUCCCCGAUCAUUUGAGGGUGCCACAUGGUUUCGUAUACCGCGGCAACGAAUACGAGCAGCUGGCGGACUUUAAAGAACGCCUGCUCGACGAGUGGCCGGAUGCUGAAGUCCUGCCGAAACUGGACCCGCCCGGGGAAGAGAUCACUGAGGCUGACGGACAGUAUUUACAAAUAAACGCAGUUGAGCCUGUAAUGGGCGACAAACUGAAGCGAUUAUCCGGCAAACCGAUAUCCGGCCAGAUUCUGCAGUACUACAAACACAACCACGUCAACAAGUUUAUAUUCUCCAGACCUUUCCUUAGACCUGAGGAGCAGUUGGAUGGAUCAAAAGACGAUCUUUCUGUCAAUGAGUUCGCUACGAGGUGGCUGGAGCGGACUGAGUUGGAGAUCAGUGACAUGCUGCCAGGAAUUUUAAGAUGGUUCCCAGUAGUGAAGCAGCGAACAUUCUGGGUAUCACCAGUAGAAGCAGCAGUGGAAGCAUUAAGAGACGCGAAUCGAGCUUUAAAACAACUAAUCCUAGAAGCGAGAGCCAGCGACGCACCACUACAGCCACUCACUAUGCGACUCAGCGGGAUAUUGGAUCCGGCGGUCCAAGGCGGCAUAGUGAACUAUGAGCGUGCCUUCCUCACGCCAGCGUACGCGGAGAAGCAUCCUGACCAUGCACCUCUUUUGGCUCAACUAAGAGACUUGAUUGCUGACCAGAUACCUUUGUUGCAAUUUGGUCUGGAUGUCCACGGGGCGCGAAUGCCGACAGCUCUAGAAGGAUUACAUGCACACAUGUUACAAUGCUUUAGGAGGAUACAGAACCAUGUACACCAAAGAUAUGGACGCAAGGCGUGUGACUUCGAAUCGGAGGCGGCGGAGGUGCAACUCCGCAUGCCACCUCGAGACCGCUCCUAUACGGAGACCACUACCAGCAACCGAGUGUCCGAUAUAUCUACUGGAACAUCCACUGAUUCCGCGUCAAAAUCGAAGUUCUUCAGUUUCAACGCCGCGAUUAACCCGCUGGCCAGAAACAGCGCGGCUAGCAACUACUUCGGAACUCUCAACAGCUCGCCUAAGAAGAAAGAGAGGAGACGAGCGAGAAAGAGCGAAAUCGGCACUCAAGCCAGCGGCAGCCAAUGGUACACCAGUUCCGUAGCCAAUGGAACCAGCAACAGCACAAACACGAGCCACGCCAGUAACACUAGCCUCGCGUCUCAAUCCGAAUCGCCGCUACGAGAACUACGGCAAGAGAACUUUCAGUCCCCGAUGGCUGCCCGAAUUCAAAACGCUCUGGUGACGGAGCGACCGCUGCGUGCUGAAGUGGAACAACGUCGUAUGUCGCAGCGAGCGAGUUUGGUCUCCGCGCCGCCGUCGAAUAGAAACUCUAUGGGUACAACGGACUCAAACCAAGAAGACGAGGAGCCGCCGCCGUUGCCAGAGAAGUCUGGCAACCGGAGCACCCUAGACAGUGACCACAAUAACAACCCCGAGCCUCUCCCGCCGAGAAACAACUAUGACACUGUAUUAACGCCCCGUGGUUCCUUCCUCUACAAUUCCAUGAUGCGACGGACCAGCGCCGGCAUCCCCGUCAGCCAAACGCCCCCCACCCCACCACCUAAGAAAAAACAUCAACAACAACAUCAUUCCUGAGUGGGUACCCUUAAUAACCAUACUACUGCGCAGUAUGUAAAUUUGGUAGGAUUCGAAUGUGUUAUAGAUGAUCGACAUACGAACUGUAUGAACCUCUUCACAGAAAUCGAGGUAUGUCUACUCGACGAAAGAGGACUUGAAAAUGACAAAUAGUAAUACUCAGCGUAGACAAUUACGUCAGUGGGGUCUUUCCGCUUUUGUUAUAAUGACUACAAUAUAAAUUUACUUUUCUCCUGACUAGCUCGGAAACACGUGUUUUGUCCUUUACUAUCAGCGGGUAAAAACGCAUUUUAUCCACGUGGGUAAAGUAAUUUGACCUUGAAUAAAGUCAAAUUAACUGCUUCAAAAUUGAGAAAAGUAGGUGAAUCAAGUAAUAAAGAUGAUUUAGUGAAUUUAGUGUAAGUAGAUUUGACCUGUGGAACUACUGGAAGCAGUGAUAAACGCAUUUUUUGCGUUGUAGUUUCCUCGCUAUAGUGAGGGGAAAAGUUUUGUGUUACACUCGGGUGUAAAUGUAUUUUACUUCUCGUGUGUU